AUGGUCGGCCUCAAGUCCGUCCUCGCCUAUGCCUCUCUGGCCAGCGCCGCCGUGGUGCCCGCCCCCUUGGUCAACUUUGCUGGAGAGACCGGCCGCUUCACCGUUGACCUCAAGUAUAACGAAAACUUUCAGCGCGGCCCGCGCUUGCCCGCCAUCGCCGCCCGCCAGACCACGCCUGCGCACGACAGCAAGACGCGCCCCGACGGCGAGUACUACGCCGAGGUGCUCGUCGGCACCCCCCCUCAGAAGAUCAACCUGCUCUUUGACACGGGCUCGAGCGACCUCUGGCUCUUUGGAGCCGACGUGAGCGGCGAGGUCGACAAGGACCAAGCCAAGUGGAACCACACGUCGAGCUCGACGGCCAAGCUGGUGCAGGGCGGCAAGUGGUCGAUUGGCUACGGGGACGGCUCCGGCGCCAAGGGCACCAUCUAUAAGGAUACCGUUUCCAUUGCCGGCGCGAGCAUCACUGGCCAGGGCGUCGAAUACGCCACCACCGUGUACCCGCAGUACAACGGCGACAACAUUCUUGGCGUGCCCGUGUCGGGCAUUGUCGGCUUCGGCUUCGACAACAUCAACACGGCGUCGCCCAAGCAGAAGACGCUCUUCUCCAACCUCAAGCCGCACCUCGACCAGCCCGUCUUCACCGUCGACAUCAAGCACCGCGCCGACGGCACGUUUGGCUUUGGCUUCAUUGACGACUCCAAGUACACGGGCGACAUCACCUACACCAACGUCGACUCCUCUGACGGCUUCUGGACCAUCACCUCCACCGGCUACCAGAUUGGCGACGACGAGUUUGUCGAGACCAAGUACAGCGGCAUCGUCGACACGGGCAGCUCCGGGUUCGAGGUGCCGUCCGCCGCGUACCAAGCCUGGAGAAGCAAGUUUCCCGCCGGCGCCAUUACUGCGCAGACGGUGCUGCCCGACUUUACGUUUGGUAUUGAAGGCGCCAGGAUUCGCGUGCCCGGCAACAACCUCAAGGAACAGAAUAGCGACGGCACGUACAGCCUCAAUAUUUACAAUGGCGGCGCAAACUCGGCCUUUUUCGGCUCGCCGUCUCUGACGGGCGCGUAUGUGGUGUUUGAGGAUGGCGACAACGGUCCUAGACUAGGAUGGGCUACGUCUAAAUAA